AUGCUCAAUGAGACGCCUCAACGAGAAUUUGAAAUGGAAACAAACAUGAUGUUGAGCCUUUCCAAUGCCUCAUCCGAAAUUGUCGGCGCGCUUAUUCAAAAAGGAGGCAACGACGUCUACCACGAGCAUUGCAGUAGCCACCCCUGUCUUCCACUGCUUUUCAACUGGUCGAGCGUGUGUAUUGAUAAGGUUUUCAACAUGCGCCUUUUCAGUUUCCAAAAGGGAAAGACUUUACACGGCUUCGACGAGACUACUGACGACGAGCAAGGGCAGCGACCAUUAUGGCUUCCGAUCUAUCUGCACCGCUAUUACCUCUUCUGCCUCGCUGUUAUUUUUAUGAUCAUGAUUGUUGCAUUGGAGAUUUUGCAUUACCUCUCAACACAUAACCAUGGUCUGGCUACAACGACUGGGAAUGAACACUAUCUCUGGACGUACGGCCCGACGGCAGUGCUCACUAUCUUCACAGCCUUUUGGGGACAAGUGGAGUACUGGACCAAGCACGUAAUGCCAUUUCAGGUUCUUGCGACGAGUAGUUCCCCAGCCGAGGACAAUAUCCUCCUCGAUUAUCUAUCACCGAUGACCUUUAUUGCUCUGUACAAAGCUAUUCGUGCCUCCCAUUAUCCAGUGGCUGUCUCCAUUACUGGGUCUUUGCUUCUUCGAGCUUUGAUCAUCUUCUCUACUGGCUUGCUUAACCUGGAGCAACAGAUUAUCAUGACCCAAACACAACUCACGGUGCUUGACCGUUUCAACUUCACCACAAAUAAUUCUAACACGACCAGUACAGUUGAUUUGACUUCGGAGAUAUGGGCGAUCAAAGCUUAUAACUUGUCGUUCCCUUUCGGAACGACUGACACAUACACUUCGCAGUCUAUCAAGCCCCUCGCAGAUAAUGCGAACACUACAUGGACAACUGAGCUCGAUGUUUUCUCUGCUGGGCUUGAACAAUGCGAACCCUUCAACUGGACCUACGCAGACCCAAACCAUCCAUAUGCUGGCCCGAUUCCAGGCUUAGCGAAUCCCCCUCAGUAUAUCAAUGUUUGGUCACCCUCGUGUUAUAUGCAUAACGUAUCGCUAUUCUAUGAGCCUGUUUGGACCCCUCCAGUCUGGAAUGCCCAGUUGCAAUACCAGAACUGCACAAAUACGACUGGAAAGGGGGACCCGGGCCGACUCUUGAUGUCCUUGAGUUUCAGCCUUCAGUAUAAUGACUCCGGCCUCUAUGCUCCUCCUACUGACUAUCUCCGAAAUCUUUCGGGCCUGUUGUGCCGACCCACUUUGUCAAUAGCAAAAAGGACUGUCUCUGGGUUUGUUAAUUCUUCCAUCAAGAUCUCAGAUUCCACGAUGCCGGGACUCAGCACCACUACCAAUGUCCCGAACUACAUGGUGAUGCCUCUCUUAACGCAGCUAGUACAAAUGCGAGCGGAUGAUACAGAUAUCACCACAUACUAUGACGGGGGGAUUAGCGCUUGGUUCGCUUUGCUCAAUGAGACAGUUCCGCAGAAAGAUGUCACCGCGUGGGCCAACAGUCAACUCCUGGGAUCGGUCUCACAGCUCGUUUUCCCUACAGUAGCGGCUCAAGUAGCAAAACAAUAUUUUAUGGAUGCGGUGUCAGAAGUCCAGCCCGGAGCUCUCGGCCAUAUCCAGAACCGACUUUGUAUUGAGCCACUUUCAUUGAGGCUAAUGGAAGCUGGGUUGGCGCUUGUGGCCAUCACGAGUAUUUUGUUGGCCUUGUAUCCUUUCAAGCGUCUCCCAAGACCUUUCGGAUCUAUCGGUGCUCUUGCAUUGAUCAUCGCUCGAAGUCCAAUUCUACAGCAGUUGCUCCGCGGUACAGGCGCCUUGUCACUUGCAAGUUUGAAGACAAAACUGCAAAGAUCUAGCUUCACAACGAGCCCUGUAAGAACCACAUCGACAUUUUGUAUCGAUGUACAACGUGAAGUGGAUACCCAAGAUAGCAUUGGCUUCUUCGGGCCCGACGCUCGAGGUCUAGAGGAUCGGUGGCACCCAGUACCCGUCAUCUUUCUUUUCCGAUCAGGCACAGUGGUGGGGCCUUUAUUAUUGAUCGCUAUUCUCGAGGCAUUAUAUCGCUACUCUGAAAGCAACUCCGGGCUCAUCGACGCACCAGCAAAUGAAUACGCAAAAUAUGCUUGGCUCUAUUUGCCAGCAUUGGUCAUGUAUGCACUUGGGACGCUUUAUCUCGUGCUUGACUCCUUCUCAAAAACGAUACACCCGUACCAGAAGUUGGCAAGAGGCAGUGCAAAUAGACAAGCAUUGAUGGAAGACCACUUUGGUAAAAUUGAGCUCUAUGCAUUAGGAGAGGCAAUUUCUUGUCGUCACAUAGCUCUUGUCGCCACUACGCUGAUAGUCCUGCUUGCACCCUUGUUAACUAUUGUUGUCAGCGGGCUCUACAUCCCUCAACCAUUCCCUGCCACACAGCCUGUCCUCAUCCACCAGGUUGACUGGUUUAAUAUCCAAAAUGAUUCUUGGACGAACAGCUCCUACGUGUUCGGUGCCUCGCAAAACAUGAUAGGGUUGAUUCAGUACUGCAACGUUUCUUUUCCCAGCGGGACCUUUGACGAAUUGGCAUUUCCGACGGUUCAGCUCGACAAAGUACCGUUAUCAAAAGACUCGAAUGCCUCUCAAGUGGCUAUUGGAGUGCAAGCAGCACGGGGUCGGAUGAAUUGCAGCCUUGUCGAAUAUGUGACUAACAGCAAUCUAACCGCCUAUCCCCAGUACCAAAAAUUUCUCGAGCAGGAUAAUAGAACUGUAACAGUCGUUACUUGGGAAAUGAUUAUUCCGGUUAACGAGACGGCAGGUUGCACCUCUCGAAGCCCCAAUAUCAGUCUUACCUCUUCUGGUCUACUCCAAAUCGGAACCCUUGCCGUCCCAGACAGUGGAUAUUUUGGAAUGGAGGUGUAUCCACGAUUAAAGCCAGGGCUAUCAGGAAACACUUAUUGCGAGAGCAGAUACGAAAGUUGGCAUAUUAUUGGCCACCAGGCUCGGCCUGCCCUGACUGAUGAGCUGUCCCUCAUGCGCUGCAUGCCAUUCAUCGAAACAGUUUUCGUGAACGCGACUCUGUCUUUGCCGACACUCGAUAUCGUCGCUACACCACAAGUUGACGAAGCUACCGCUACGCCUCUACUGGAUCAAGGCAGCCCAGUCGCCGUCGGGAUACCAAAUAUAGGGAUAUGGGGUACGAUAAGUUACACGGACGACUUCUUUCUCGCUCUUACGACAGGUAUCGAUGCCGUACCCAUCGACGAACUCAGCGAGCCAACCAACACCCAGGAACUUCUCCAAAACAUGGAUCAUCUCUACGCACAAGCAGCAGCACAAGUGCUAAACUUCAAUUAUCGAACUUCUGCUGCGCCGUCCCCUGGCACUCCUUGGUAUGAUGACAUCGCCAGCCCUAGGAACGGCACAUUGACACAGCAAGAUAGAGUUCGUCUUGUCCAGAGCAUGAUCUCAACACGUAUACUAGAAGCUAUUCUUGCUGUGAUAGCUUUCUGUGCAGCGAUUGCUUGGCUGCUAACAAGAGACGCAAAGAAACUCCUCUUGCCCAAAAAUCCGGCGAGUAUCGCGGCAAAGGUUAGCUUGCUUGUUGACAGCGAGUUGCUUGAGACUAUCCCUGAAGGAGCAGAGUGGGACAAUGACGAUGAAUUAAGGAGGAAGGGCGUGUUUGAGGGUUAUGUCUAUAGUCUUGGUUGGUGGCGGGGAAGAGAUGGAGAGAGGAGGUUUGGGAUUGACAUCGGCGUUCCUGAUGGCGAUGAAGUCGAAGGGGUGGAGAUUGAUUCGAAAACCGAGAAAGAGAAGAAAAUGAGUAAUGGAUCGAGUAAUGGGGAAAUUUUCCGCUUGGUUCUUGAUUUGGAGGAUGUCAAUGCUUCAAGUGUCUCUCCCCCGCUGGUGCUUUCUCUCCAACUACAAACUCCACUCCGUGACGGAGUCUCCGUCAUCCUUGCGCUUAACAUUGUAUUGCCAGCCGUAAUCUUCAUUGUAGUCCUUAUAUGCUAG